GGGCGGCGCGGCGCGAUCGCCCCCGGGCGGCACGGGGAGCCCGGGCAGGGCGGGCGCUCCGGCCCCGCCGCUGCGGAUCUCGGGGGUCUCUGGCGCUGAGGGGAGGUGGGCGAAGGGCGCAGGCACCGCGAGGGCGGAGGGGCUGAGGCGCUGAAAUCACCGUGUGCGGCCUCGGGUGGCGGCGGCGUCGGGCGGGAGGUGUGUUAUAGCGGCCGGUGCCCUCGGGCCGUGCCCGGCGGGUCUGGCUCCACGGCGCUGGUCAGUGAGCUGAGGGCCACGUGUCUGUAGACCUUCAGAAAUAGGGUAAUUGCUCUCAGAAGAGACCUUUGAUUCCUUGACUAAGAGAAUGGGUAAAAAAGUAAAGAAGGAAGCAGAGCCUCCACCCAAGGAUGUGUUCGAUCCAUUAUUGAUUGAAAGCAAAACACCAGAAACAGUUGUACUAAUGCUUAGUUCUCCUGAAACGGAAGUUUUGACCAAAGCAUGUGAUGCUCUAUAUAAAUUUGCUUCAAAAGGUGAUGAAAACAAAGUGACACUUCUUGGUCUUGGAGCAUUGGAACAUCUGUAUAAACUCAUCUCACAUGAAGAUCCCAUUGUACGCAGAAAUGCCAUCAUGGUUUUUGGCAUCAUGGCUUCUAAUCAUAAUGUCAAGAAGUUACUGAGGGAACUGGAUGUCACAAAUCCACUUAUAUCACAGCUGGCGCCAGAAGAAGAUGUAGUUAUCCAUGAGUUUGCUACUCUCUGUCUAGCACAUAUGGCUGUUGAAUGUACUACUAAAGUAAAAAUAUUUGAGCAAGGUGGAUUAGAACCGCUUAUCAGACUGCUAGGUAGCCCUGAUCCUGACGUUCAGAAGAAUUCACUUGAAUGUAUUUACCUUCUGGUACAGGAUUUUCAAAACCGUGCUGCGGUUAGUGAACUGAAUGUAAUUCCACCGUUGCUGGAACUACUGGAAUCUGAAUACCCAGUUAUUCAGUUGUUAGCCCUUCAAACCUUAGAAGUAAUUACCAAAGACAGAGAAACCAGGAUAAUACUGGGAGAAAAAAACGGAUUAGAUUGCCUGCUGAAGAUACUGGAAACCAAUGAACUGAGUGAUCUACACAUCAAAACUCUUGCUGUGUUGGGAAAUUGUCUUGAAGAUGUGCAUACUCUGCAACUGAUUCAGCAGACAGGAGGCCUUAAAAAACUCCUAUCACUUUUAGGAGUUUCUACUGUUCCUGAUAUUCAGAAGAAUGCAGCAAAGGCAAUUACCAAAGCAGCUUGUGACUCUGAAAUCAGAAAAAUCUUAAAUGAGGAAGAGGUUGAGAAAUGUCUCCUAAACCUUUUGAAAACUGGCCAUGAUGAAGUUAAAGUUGCUGCUUCCCAAGCAAUUUCUGCCAUGUGUAAGAAUGUAGAGAGCAAAUGUGCGCUUGGACUCCAGGGGAUUCCCCAGCUGGUACAGUUGCUAAGUAGUGAUAAUGAAGAGGUAAAAGAAGCUGCAGUGACAGCAUUAGCUAGUUUGACAGAAGCCAGUCACAGUAAUGCAAGUGCUGUUGCUGAGGCUGAAGGAAUUGAGCCAUUAGUGAAUACCUUGAGUGCUCAGAGAGAUGGAGCCAUUGCCAAUGCUGUUACAGCACUGACAAAUCUGGCCUUGCAAGAGUCAUCCCGUGUCAGCAUCCAGAGCCACGGUAUCAUGAGUGCCCUUGUGGAACCACUGCACUCCACCAACAGCCAAGUGCAGAGCAAAGCAGCGUUCGCUGUGGCUGCGUUUGGUUGUGAUGCUGUUGCAAGAACUGAGUUAAGAAAUGCAGGUGGACUGGGACCACUCGUUGAACUGCUGCAUUCUAAGAAUGAAGAAGUCCGAAGAAAUGCCUGUUGGGCUGUUACGGUCUGUGCAAGUGAUGAACCAACCGCUGUUGAACUGUGCAGGCUAGGCGCUUUAGACAUUCUAGAAGAAAUUAAUCUGUCAAUAAAGCGUAAAAAUAAGUUUAGUGAAGCUGCUCUGGAAAAGCUACUUGAUAACAAUCUUUCCCAAAAGUACAGCCGGCUGGGAUAUUUAUCAUCAAGUAAUAUCAUUACUGAUGGAUUCUAUGACUGUGGUCAGAUAAAACCCGGAGCAAAAUUUUUAUCUUUGGAAGAACUAAGCAUGCAAGAGCUUACUGACCGUCGGGCAAUAAUCUUCAUUAAUGCUAAACCCCAAGAAGAUCUCGCAGUAGAGAAGGCACAAGAUUCACCACCUCCUAUUUCAAAAAUAGGUAGUAAAGAAAAAGCAAGUUCAAUGGUAUCUCCAGUGGAGGAAAAGCAGGAGUUUUCUGGACAAUGGUGUUCACUUAGCAAAAGCAGCAGCAGAGAAAAAGGAUCACAAAAAGGAAAGGGGAAAACAGAAGAGGAAAAAGCAAAAGAAGUUACUGAUAUUACAUCUCAAGACCAGGAAGAAAUAAAUCUAGAAAAUUCACUUUGGCUACCGCCAUCUGACAUCAUUUUAAUGGAUUACAUUAAUGAUGCUUCCAAAACAAUUCUACCACUAACUACUACCCGGGAACAGGUUGUGGCCCUUGCACAGUUUGUUGCAGACAGGAUGGGUGGCUCUAUUGAAAGAGACAAACUACAUGACUUCAGCUGGGAACUUCACAUAAGUGAAAUAGAAUUUGAACUGAAAUGCAACAUUGUGCCUAUCGGGAAAAUCAAAAAAGGGACGUUCUAUCACAGGGCUUUACUUUUCAAGGUGAUAGCGGACAGAAUUGGCAUUGGCUGUAGUUUAGUUCGUGGCAAGUAUAACAGAGCUUGGAAUGAAGUUAAAUUGGUUGACGACUUUCCCAAGGGAAUAGCUGGGCUUCUGCUUCCUCCUCAAGAAUAUAUUGUAGAUCUAAUGUUUGAGCCAGGCUUUUUGAUCAGACAGGGAAGUGCAAAAGCGGAUCAAUACAAACGUAUUUAAUCAUCUUGACAAAUUUCACCAAAUAAAUAUUUUAAAGAUGUUUGCAGUGCUGUAUUUUUGAAACACGGGGUUUCAUAUCCAACUAUCAAAAAUAAGCAUAUCUGGUAUGUUGUCUUAAACAUUUAAUUAAAUGAAUUUUUGGUAUCCAGCUUCGAUGCUUAGAAAUGUUGUUAAAUUUUUUUGUACUAUUUUAAGACUAAACUGUAAAACUAUAGAUUAAAAUUUGGUAAUCAAUAUUUGUUAUGUGCUAACAUUAAAAUGCUUAUUAAAUAGGUUUAGAUUAUUUCCAA